GAGUCAAUACAAAUAAAUAAAAAACAUUAUUAUACCAUAAUAAAAAUAAACUGUUUAUUUCUAUAAAAUGUGGUAUUUUAAACGACACCCAUGUUUAAAUAGUAAUUACUGUCUAAUACAUUUGUGAUCCAUUCAAAAACAUUCAUCCAACAAGCUUGUUGGGACCUGUCAUCUGAUUGGUCGAGCAGUCAUCGGAAGUGAUUCCUAUUGGCCGAGCCGCCCUGCUGCAGCGCCCCGCCAUUGGAACCUAGAAACAGCGCCACAAUUUAUUUUCGAGUUGUUGCGUUUGUUGAAUGCGAUUGUCUCGUGUGUCAAUGUUUAUUGACAACAACUGGUAUUUCUCCAUUUGUCGGCACGCUGAAUGAAUGUAAUCUUUAACUCGGGCACUGUAGAUAAGUCUUGGCGCGGUUUGUACCGCUCGAAAGGCUGCACGGGCAGUUUUAACACAUUUGCGUCCAUACGCACACACAAACACACCCGCAAACUGGAGUUGGAGUAUUUCGAUUUAAACACGACGAAGGCAUGAUUAAGGAGUUUGGACAGCCAAGAGAAUGAAUCGUCUUCAAGUGGAUUUUAAAGGGUUGCCACCCCAUUUGCUGGAGAAUGGUGUCAGACCUGAAACGCUGCAGAAUGUCGGGUCCUCGGACAGUGUUCUCACUCCUUUGACAUUCCCAAAAUCCAAAGUCUCUCUUUGGGAUCCCACUCCCAAUGGUGAUGUUGUGAGUUUGCAUUUUUCAUAUUACAGAAAUCCAAGACUGCUGCUUGCAGAAAAGGCAUUACGUUUAGCUCACCGCCAUGCAAGACAAAGCAACAAGCCUACGUUUUCCUGUUUUCUGCUCGGGACGUUGGCAAUCGACAGCGAUGAGGAAGGUGUGACGAUUACCCUGGAUCGUUUUGAUCCUGGCAGAGAGCAGACGGGAUGCCCUGGGAAAACGCCAACUGCCAUGCUCCCUGGAGACACCCUUGUUCCAUGUGUUUUUGAAGGCCAUCCUGUUACUGGGAGAACAGUGCACUCAGGGGAUGAUUUUAACAUCUCGUUUAAGAUGCUCCAACAUUGUUGCUGCAGUAAAGAGACGCUGGAGUUAUCCAAACUCCUUACCUUGCGUGCUCGUCUAAGCUGCGCUGAAAACAUGGAUAGGCUCACCUUCGACCUAUCUUGGGCAGCAGUCACUGUUGCAUGCACAUUGGAUGCGGUCCCUGUCCGGGCAGUGCCUGUUAUACCGACCGCUCUUGCCAGAAACCUUAGUAGCACAGCAGGGGUGGUGCAAAACAGCAGGAAACGCGGGUUUCUUACUAUGGAUCAAACCCGGAAACUUCUCCUCGUGCUUGAAUCUGAUCCAAAGGCUUACACUCUUCCACUAGUGGGAAUAUGGCUGAGUGGCGUUACGCACAUCCAUAAUCCUCUGGUGUGGGCGUGGUGUCUGAGGUACCUGCACAGCUCCGCCCUCCAGGACAGAGUGAUGUCAGAGAGAGGGGCUUUUCUGGUGGUUCUUUAUUCGUUGACACAUCGGGAUCCAGAGUUUUACCAGUGUAAACCGUGCGCCGGACAGCAGCAAAUGAGUUUUCAGCUGCUUACAAGCACAGAGUCUUUAACACUGUAUAAGAAUGUAGAGCCUUCAGAUGGACGACCUUUGCAGUUUGAACUCAGUGCUGAGGACCAGAAUCAGGAAACUGUGCUGUUUGAGGAAGUGCUGUCUCAGACUGUGUUAACAGGGAGGGCUCUUGCUGCAUCCUCUGCUGCUCCGCUAAACAAAUUGUCCAUCAGUGAUCAUGACUCGGGUGUAGAAGAUGAAGACGUGUCUCCUCGACCAUCUCCAAACCCCCACCCUGUCAGUCAACAGACCAAGCGGGUACAUCCUUCAGUACCAGAACUUUCUAUGGUAUUAGAGGGCAGCUUUUUGGAUGGAAAUGCUGUUAAUGUGCAGGACUCGACUCAUCGCAGAACAAGUUCAUCAAAUGUUCACAGAAGAAGCGUUAGCCCUGCCCACCAAUGCCACUCGGGGCUGAGACCUCCAGAACAAGGUAGCAUUACUGGACCACCUCCAAUCCGAAGACCACUAACUCCAGUCCUCUCCCAGCCUAGACACAAACUACAGACUAAUCCAGGACAGCAAACACCAAAAACCAACACCAAUCGGAAAUCCCUUCCCUCUGUUCAUAGAAGAUCAAGGGAUGGUUCCUCAGCAUCAUCUGUGUCAUCGUCCUCAUCAUCUUCAUCACCGAAGAAUGGUUCGUCACCCAAUGGCUCAUUUCAAAAGCAGAGGCCACUUACUUUGCAAAUUCUCCCAUCCAAACCCCAACCAGCCAUGUAUCCGGGACCUCCGUCGUCAAGUAAAAGCUCUGUAAUGCCUGGGCAGACCCCCAUCCUUCAUCUUUCCCAACAUAGGCUCUUCCACAGUACCCCAGCAUCCAACCCUUGCAGCUGUUGCACCCACCAGCCUGCACCAAGUCACAUCCCCGUGUAUCAAAACAACACCUGGCAAGGGAUGCCAGCUUACCCCACCGCUGUGCACAUGGCGGGCAACAACCCUAGUGGACUUUACUGUGGCACUGAAAGUGUCCCACACGGGGAAAGCUACUUGUCCCCUUCUCGGCCAUCUUUGGGAUGUCACAUGUCCCCAACUCGAAGUCCUGUUUGCCAUGGAAAUAAUCCAGUCCAUUGUUCUCCAUCACAUGGCCCAUGUGUUCCUGCCAACACCGGCAAAGGUUCUGUUGAGCAAGUAUCCCCUUCUUGUCAAGCCCAGUGCUGCCAGGUCCAAACUACCCAUACAGCAUGUUUGGACACCCCGGCAGCAAGUGGUUCUGUUGGUCUGCUUCCUGUUGAUGCCUACAAGAUGCUUAUGGAUCAAGAGCGCCAGUUGAAGUUACUUCAAAUGCAGAUUCAGAAACUUCUUGAGUCUCAAAGCAAGACGCCUACCAAAUUAUCUGGUGAACAUGACAGACGGCAGGAGCGGUCCAAUCAGACGCCAGCAUCUCCUGAACCACCGAAAAAAACAAGCGUCAGUGUUGCUGUAGGAACAGGAGCCAGUUUGUAUUGGAAAGGGCCCCAGGAGGCUUCCACACAUCAAGCCUCAAGUCUGGAAUGGCAAACCGAGACGGAUCCAAAGUCUGGAGGUCAAAAUGACUCCAGACUUGGAAGUGAAAACACGUGUCAGGAUCCAGAAGAACCGAGUCCUGAAUCUCCACUACAGCCAACAUCUCCACAACAUGAUACAUCAUCUGGUUUUGGAGCCCAUUCGUUUCAGAGUCCAGUGUUGGGAGAAAGCGCUAGCAUGUAUUAUCCUUCUCAGUCGAAAGAUCUCUCCGAAAGCAGAGAAAUGGAUGACCCUAGAUUUUAUCAAGAGCUACUGGGGCAGGUUAGAAGUCGUCUUCAAGACCCUAUGGGUGAAGAGGACAAGGUGGAGCAAGACCAACACCGUGUCCAAAACAGACAAAAUCUGUCUCCUGUGGGACGCCAGUCAAGGAAAUCACCCACUAACUCCUCCGCGCCACAAUCUCGGACCAUUAAGCAGAAAUCCAGUCCACCAGAUAAAGACCCAGUCUUAAGUGCAACCCUUAGACAACUCCAGCAGUUGGGUGUGAAUGUGGAACUAGACUCGGCGCAUGAAAAGACCACCCGUUCAACUGUGGAAAGUGCCAGCACUCUUGCCUGCAUAAACCCUGAGGCAGUGAUUCCAAGACUUUCUCUUUCUGAACAAGUGGGCACCAGCAUUUGGGGACCGAGUGGCAGCGUAGACCUUAGCCUUGAGGCCAAUGCUAUUGCACUUAAGUACCUAAGCGACUCACAACUGUCAAGACUCUCCAUGGGCGGCGGCCAGUCCUACGGCCCGCUUAUGGAUCCCAGUGCAGUUCUUUUAAGAAAAUCUGCUGUAGAAAAGAGUAGUGUUGGACUGAGUAUAUUGUCUCCCAGCAACAUGUCUCUAGCUACCUGUAAAUACAUGAAAAAAUAUGGACUUAUUGAAAGAGACAGCAGCAGUGAGGAAGAGCAAGACGAUAUCGUCCAAAUGGACUCCGCUAUUGGGUGUUCUGUACAGCAUGACAUUUCAAAGGAUGUGAGCAUUCAAGAUCAAAGAGUGGCGGUUUUCAAAAACAUUACGAACAAGCCGCUUCAGCUAAUUGCCGAUCCCAAGAUUUCUCCGUUUGAUUCUCAAGACCGGUUAAUACGAGAUUUGCGUCCAAAAAUGCAGCUUCUUGUGAGGGACAACGCCAACUUUGAAAAGGAGAAUGAUUCGAAAAAUGUCCUGCCUCAACGCCGGUCAUCGCUUACUGAAAACCAGAGGGCCCAGGAAGUUGUGGAGCCUCAGGGGUCGGUGGGAAAUUUUCUGGAUUUAAGUAGGUUAAGGCAGCUACCCAAACUCUUCUAAUGCACCAUGAGGAAUUUCGAAAGAUUUUCCUUUGUCGAACUGGAUUCCAUGUAUUAAAGGAAUCUGUUUUCUGAUUUUAAUAAUUUUGGGAAUACCUCUGUUUGUCUUCCACUGUGAUUUUAUAUUUUAAAUGUAUGAAGUAUUUUUUUUUUAGUGAGUUUUUAUUUUUUUGUUGUUUGUAACUUUCGUGUUUUGUCUAGUCCAGAGGUGCUUAACUUUUCUUCCUCUUUCUUUGUUGGAUCUUGAAAUAUUUUACAUGUUAACCUCAUGAAUACUUAUGUGUCCUGUAUAGUCAUUGAGUGAAGCACAUCGUGACUCAUUUAAGGCAGAGGUGUUUUCUCACAAUUUUAUUUGCAUUUUGGCAAAGUUUCAAUCUUUUAGACUCUACCUGCAAUUUGCACAAAUAAUUUCAGGGAAGAGAAGGACAAAUGUCUUUUUUUAACUCUUCAUGUAUGUUGUUUUUAAAUGCCUUUUUAUGUCCAUGUAUCUGUUUCUAAUUAAAUCAAAUGAUGUAUUCUUU